GGUGAGGUGGAGAUAGGGCAUAUACAGAAUACUGGCGAAUACAACAGACACGUCACAUUUUCAGGAUUUUGGGUUCUCCGUUGUUCAUCACCAAAACAAGUUGCACCAAACAAUAUUCAUCAUCCACAACACUCCCUCACUAGUUUCAUCUCUCCUGCAUUAUCAUUCUUCCAACUCAUCAUCCAUGAAACUAGCAUUAUCCUUCAAACGUCGGAUCACAUUAUUCAUCAGUCGACCUGCAUGACUCAGUGGUCAACCAAAUUACAAGCAGCAGCAGCGUGUUUCAAUUUCAUUUUCUCAUGGCACUGGUUUUUGUUUCUCCAACCACAAGAUUAUCAUCUUCCAUUAAGAUGUCCUCCUCUUAUUUCUCUCGCCGUCAAUUCGAUUCUUCGUCUACUGCAUUACCUUCUUCUAAUCGCCAAUUCAUACCACGCUCUCCUAAUUUGAGGCUGAACAAUUUGUAUACAAGAUGCUCUAUGACGAAUAUUGAAGUCUUGAACAACGUUGUGACUGAAGAAGUCGAUCAUGAUUCUUCAUCACAUGCAUCAAGUUGUUUAGUUCUUAAUUCCGAAAUCCAUGAUACCGAAUCAACAAACUUACUGGUGGAAGGGACUUUUGUAGACAUGAUUUUGACAACAUUGCCGAUUCUUUCAGAGGAGGAACAGAAUGCCAUUGCCGCAACGCCUGCUCAUCCAGCCGGGCUAUACGCGUUAUAUGCUAGUUGCCUAGCUGGGAACUUGGUGGAACAGCUAUGGAAUUUUGCUUGGCCCGCUGCUAUCGCUUUGCUUCAUCCGAGCCUUCUUCCAGUUGCGGUCAUGGGCUUCUGCACCAAGGUUGCAGUUAUUGCUGGAGGCCCGUUGGCUGGCAAACUUAUGGACCUGUUUCCCCGUGUACCUGCAUAUAAUUUUUUGACCACUGUCCAGGCAUCGGCUCAACUGUUAUCAGCUGGGAUGAUAAUUCAAGCACAUACGGCACACGCCUCACUUGAAACCUCUGUACUCACGCGCCCCUGGUUUAUCAUAUUAGUAUUAGCAGGGGCUGUCGAGAGACUAUCGGGACUCGCUCUCGGGGUUGCAGUUGAACGUGAUUGGGUUGUUCUUUUAGCAGGAACGAACCGGCCAAUUGCUCUUGCUCAAGCGAAUGCUAUUCUGAGUCGUAUUGAUCUCCUUUGUGAGAUUGCUGGAGCGUCAUUUUUUGGCAUUCUUUUAUCUAAAUACGAAACGGUAACAUGCUUGAAGCUUGCUGCUGCCUUUAUGAUGUGGGCAUUGCCUGUUGUGAUUGGUCUCACGUGGUUAACCAACAAGCUUUCGUGUGGUGUUCUUGACCGCCCUAAAUGUUCACAAACCGGCUGCGGAACUUCCUCCAGAGAACCUGUGCCACAUGCUGAUAAUUUAGUGGAUGUCAGUAUCGCUGCUAUUAAACACGGGUGGAAUGAAUACCUGCAGCAGCCUGUUCUUCCCGCUAGCAUAGCUUAUGUACUUCUCUGCUUUAACGUUGUUCUUGCGCCAGGCGGUCUAAUGACCGCGUUCCUCACACAACAUGGUUUAAGCCCGUCUCUUAUCGGAGGCUUUAGUUGCCUAUGUGCAUUUAUGGGUGUUGGUGCAACGUUCAUGUCUGCGCAAAUGGUCAAGCAACUCGGAAUUUUAAAGGCUGGAGCAGCUGGACUCAUAUUGCAAGCUUCUUUUCUUACAAUGGCGGUUGGUGUGUAUUGGAGUGGAGCUCUUUCGAAGCAGACCGCACUUCUUUUCUUUCUUGGUUUUAUUGUGUUAUCAAGAUUGGGACAAAUGUCAUACGAGGUAGUUGGAGCACAGAUUCUACAAACCGGAAUCCCAGCUUCCAAAGCAAAUCUUAUUGGGGCCACAGAGGUUUCUGUCGCCAGUUUAGCAGAGUCGGUAAUAUUCGGUGUUGUUAUAAUUGCAAACGACAUUUCACAUUUUGGAUUUUUGGCGACGCUUUCGCUUCUAUCUGUGGUGGGUGCAGCAUGGUUGUUUUGCCAGUGGUUAAGCAAGCCUACAGAUAUACAAACAAGCCUUUUUCCUUUCUGACACCAAAUUCAUUGUAACACUGUAAUUAUAUCCAUUGGAUAAUUUAAUUUAAUAAAUAAAUAAAAAAAGCUUAAUAUGACAGCCAA